AUGGAAAAUCCCAUAAGCCUCAUUUUUCUCUCACUUUUUAUCGUCUUCAUAAACUCAGCCCUAACAGUAUCAACUACAGUCACUUACAAUGUGGCCGAUUUAGGAGCCAAACCAGAUGGCAAAACUGACUCAACCAAGGCCUUCCUGUCUGGAUGGGCCAAAGCUUGUGCCUCGGCCAAGCCCUCGGUCAUUUAUGUCCCAGCCGGAAGGUUCUUGCUUCGCAAUGCGAUUUUCAACCGGCCAUGCAAGAACAGGGCCAUCACGUUUCGCAUUGCUGGCACACUCGUCGCCCCUUCAGAUUACCAGGUCAUAGGAAAUGCUGGUAACUGGCUUUUCUUUAGGCAUGUGAAUGGGGUUACCAUCUCCGGUGGAAUUCUUGACGGUCAAGGCACUGGUUUGUGGGAUUGCAAGGCCUCCGGCAAGGUUUGCGCCAGUGGAGCAACUACACUGGAGUUUUCCAACUCGAACAACAUUGUCGUGAGUGGAGUGACAUCCCUAAACGCCCAAAUGUUCCACAUAGUCAUCAACGGCUGCAACAAUGUGAAAGUGCAAGGUGUUAGGGUUUCUGCCUCUGGUCACAGCCCAAACACCGAUGGAAUCCACGUCCAAAAGUCCUCGGGCGUCACUAUUCUCGACUCUAAGAUUGCAACCGGUGACGACUGUGUCUCAAUUGGUCCGGCAACAACUAAUCUAUGGAUUGAAAACGUCGCAUGUGGACCCGGCCAUGGAAUCAACAUUGGGAGUUUAGGCAAGGACCUGGAGGAGGAUGGAGUGCAAAAUGUAACGGUCAAAACUGUUACAUUUACAGGUACUCAAAAUGGUCUGAGAAUCAAAUCAUGGGGAAGACCCAGUACUGGGUUUGCUAAGAACAUUCUUUUCCAACAUGCUGUCAUGUUCAAUGUCCAAAAUCCGAUCGUUAUUGAUCAAAAUUAUUGCCCAGGCGAAAAAGGGUGCCCUGGUCAGGUUUCGGGAGUUCAAAUUAGUGACGUGACAUAUCAAAACAUCCACGGCACAUCAGCAACACAAGUUGCUGUGAAAUUCGACUGUAGUUCUAGGUACCCUUGUAGCAAGAUCACACUGGAUGAUGUGAAGCUCAGUUACAAGAACCAAGCAGCCGAAGCUUCAUGCAGCCAUGCCGGUGGAACAGCUGUGGGUAUGGUUCAACCGACAAGUUGUUUGUAG